ACCCGAGGCUUCAUCACCAUGUUUAAGGCUGUGAUCGUUGUGUUGUCCGUCUUCCUCCUUGUGGCCGCUGCCAUGGCCAGCCCCAUGCCCGACCCCGGCUAUGGUGGCUAUGGUGGAUAUGGAGGAGGAUAUGGUGGAUAUGGUGGAUAUGGUGGCCGUGGAGGUGGAUAUGGCUAUGGAGGAUAUGGCCAUGGCGGUGGAUACGGCUAUGGCGGUCGUGGAUAUGGUGGCUAUGGAGGCGGUUAUGGAUAUGGACGUUAAG